UCUUUACCCUAAGCCCCGGGUUCUCCCUAUUAGGAGUAGACAACUGAUACCAUUCUCCCUGCCAGGAGUAGACGAUGGACACCAAUGGGCCUCUGGUUGGAUACAGCGGAUGUCAGAGCCUGCGCACGCCUGCAGCGCCCUCUUCACCUUAUGGUCAACAAUACGGUUAGACGUAAUCACGAAGACACAGAAUACAACGCCCAAGUUAUAGAAUGUCAGACUCAGAAUCAUUCAGGUCUUGCUCCAGCGAGGGCAGUGAAGAUGAGGAAAGGUCUUGGAGGCCAAGUAGUUGUAACUCCCAGCCGGGAGUGGGCAUUCAGCCAUUUGAUACCACCAUCUUGGAUGAAGCCAACCACAGGAGAAGGGUCAGGAGGGAAGUACCUGACCAGGAAGGACCUGUGGAGGAUCGCACAGUAUUGCUGGAGGUACCAGCAAUACCCCAAGUAA